AUGGGGGACGUUAUUGUACCGACGAAGGUUCGUCGCCAACAAAAUGGCCUCGCAUGUGAGGAAUGUCGUUCACGAAAGCUCAAGUGUGACAUGGCCGAGCCCCAUUGCGGAACAUGUUAUAAUCUCGGUGUUACGUGCAUCACUAAUCCAUUGCGACGACCACGAGGACCGCGAAAAGGACACGUCAAGACCCUGAAAUCUCGGAUUGCGACGCUCGAGCGCCAAUUGUACGGAGACUCCGAGGUCCAUCCAGGCACCCCUGCAAGCAAAGGAGGCAAUGGCCAACGUAAACCCUUGGAGGUAGAUAGGUCGGUGGAGGGGGACAUAAGCGACGGAGCAAUGGAAGAUGUCGAGGCGAUGACCUCCCACAGCUCGGGGGAUUAUAUGGAGUAUCUGAUGAGCGCUCAACCGAUUGAACUUUCCAAGUGGCCUAGCAACGUGUCUUUGGAUUUUGAAAGCGAACUGGACAAGCAGAUCGACGCUUUCACCAAUCCCACGGUCAUAUCGCCGGCACCGCCUAUAAUGUCAAACCCCAAGCCCAUAUCCGACCCGGUGAUAGAGAACAGCGUUAUAUUUCCAGAUUUGAGCUCCCAGCCCUUGCCAAUACCGCCCCUCGACACUCGGCCUCCCAUCCAGAUAACACCACUCGAGUGUGCAGACCUGUAUGUUCAUCCCCCCGUCCUUGUGGUUCAAAUUCUUAUCAGAGACAGCGAUGACUUAUUUUUCGAACGAGCGUACCUCUUCGCACCGAUAAUCAACCAACAACGCUACUUCGCCAGAGCAACCAGGGUGUCGCGGACGAGCGAACCUUUCUCGUGUUUGCAACACGCAAUGCGCACACUUGCAGCUUCCAUGUGUAGCCAGUUCAAGGCCAUUCUUCCCAUGCUGUACGCACAUACGAGCGGUAUACUGGACGCUUGGGACCGCAACAUGCCGGACCAAGAAAUCCCGAUAGAGAUAGUUCAGGCGCAGCUACUGCUCGCUUUAUAUAGGAUUCUGAAGGAAGAUCCGCGGAAGGGAUGGAGCAGUGCGGGCCGCUGCUUUCACCUGGUACAUCGGGCGAAAUUAGAUCAAAUAGACAGUCCAAGCACGCGACGAGUAUGCCGACUGUCAGAGGUAGAAGUUGAAGAGAGACGGCGGACCUUCUGGACGGCAUACGCCCUCGACCGGUAUGCUAAUCUCGUGCACGAGUUGCCCCUUGCGUUGAACGAUCAGAUGAUUCUCACGCGACUACCCGCUACCGAGACAGCAUUCCGACGACAAGGUGCAAUAAUGACGGAAUUUCUGGCCGCGGCCAUGUCCCAAAAGACCAAUCAGUUGCUCUCCCCAUACGCCAAAUCAAUGGUCAUUGUCACCAUCCUUGCAAGAUGCUUAGCACACCGAAAUCAGUGCAGUGUUGAGCGCAUCACGGAUCCCACGUCGCAAGAAUACCUGGCGCGGCACUGCACGUUGGACAAGAUAUUAACCCAGGAAAUUGAGACGACAUUAUCUAGUCUCUCCACUGAGCUCGAGCCUUGUAACCCUACCCGUCUGUAUAUCGAAAUGCUUGCAGAGGCCGCCAUUUUGGUUCUUUUCACUGCGCUGAGCUCCGUUUCGGAAGGCGCACAAGAUGUGUACCGGGAGUACGAGAAACGGGCUUAUAAGGCAGCUGAGCGAAUCCACAGUCAGUCGCAGAGAUUGUCCCAACUGGGGGUUUUCAAGGUGAUACCUGGUUGCCCAUUGAGUGAGAUAUGA